AUGUAUAGCUGGUUUCAUAAAAAAAUCUGUUCUGAAAUGAAAAUCUGGACUUUUUUUAUUUGCUGAGCAUAGACAAUGACGUUCUCUAUCGUUCUAUACAACAAGCUUUUUCAAGCUUGCUUCAAGAAAACAACGGAACGGACUAGUGUGUAUGGAAGUGCGUUAGAUUGAUUGCGCCGCAAAUAAUUUUCACGGGUAGUGUCGCAUGAGGUGAGGAAUGAAUGUGCAAAAAUAAUUUAAUUUUGAUCGUAAGAAGGGCAAUUAAUUUUCAUCAAGAAUAAAAAAAUCACAAUGGCAGGUUUAGAGCAACAAGCUUCUAAGCUCUUGGACUUCAAUCAAAAGUUAGAUAUAACUUUGUUGGACAACAUUGUGGGAUGUUUAUAUUCGACUGUUGGAGAGCAGCAACGUGUAGCACAAGAUAUACUGACUGCCCUUAAAGAACAUCCUGAUGCUUGGACCCGUGUUGAUACUAUUUUAGAGUAUUCACAAAAUCAAGAAACAAAAUAUUAUGCUCUACAAAUAUUAGAACAAGUGAUUCAAACCAGAUGGAAAGUUCUGCCACGAAAUCAGUGUGAAGGUAUAAAAAAAUACAUUGUUGGACUUAUUAUAAAAAAUUCUUCUGAUCCAGUCAUGAUGGAAAACAAUAAAGUUUAUUUGAAGAAGCUUAAUAUGAUUUUAAUCCAGGUGUUAAAGAGAGAGUGGCCUCAUAACUGGGAAACCUUCAUCAGUGACAUUGUGGGAGCUUCAAAAACCAAUGAGAGUUUAUGUCAAAAUAACAUGGUGAUUCUGAAACUGCUAAGUGAAGAAGUGUUUGUUUUUAGUACAGGUCAGUUGACACAAACUAAAGCUAAACAUCUGAAGGACACUAUGUGCUCAGAGUUCAGUCAAAUUUUUCAGCUCUGUCAAUUUGUACUUGAAAAUUCACAAAAUGCAUCUCUGGUUGACGCAACACUUCACACUUUAUUGCGAUUUUUGAACUGGAUUCCACUCGGAUAUAUAUUUGAGAUGAAGUUGAUAAGUACUUUAAUAUUUAAGUUUUUGAAUGUGCCUAUGUUCCGGAAUGUCACUCUCAGUUGCCUGACUGAAAUAGCCGGUGUGACUGUCAGUAAUUAUGAAGAACAGUUUGUGGCAUUGUUGGUCCAAACAAUGGAGCAGCUGGAAGUCAUGCUUCCCUUGAGUACCAAUAUCCGAGAGGCGUACGCUGCUGGUCGCCAUCCGGAACAAGUGUUUAUACAAAACCUGGCAUUGUUCCUAUGUACAUAUCUUAAAGAGCAUGGUAAACUUAUUGAAAGAAGAGGUCUGACAAACACAUUAAUGAAUGCUUUACGUUAUCUUGUUUUGAUAUCUGAAGUUGAAGAAGUAGAAAUAUUUAAAAUCUGCUUAGAGUACUGGAACUCCUUAACAUCAGAUUUGUACAAGAUGGCACCAUGCUCACAUGCUUCCAGCCUUUAUGGACUUGGCAAGGGAGUAGUGAGAAAGGCAUUAUAUGCAGAAGUACUAAGCAGUGUCCGAUAUAUUAUGAUAUCAAGGAUGGCCAAGCCAGAAGAAGUGUUGGUUGUUGAAAAUGAAAAUGGUGAAGUGGUCAGAGAAUUUAUGAAGGAUACUGAUUCAAUAAAUUUGUACAAGAAUAUGAGGGAGACAUUGGUUUACCUCACUCAUCUGGAUUAUCAAGAUACAGAGCGCAUUAUGACUGAAAAACUUCAAAAUCAAGUGAAUGGCACAGAAUGGUCUUGGAAAAAUCUCAACACAUUGUGUUGGGCUAUUGGUUCUAUAUCUGGGGCUAUGAUGGAAGAAGACGAAAAACGGUUUCUUGUUGUAGUCAUCAAAGAACUAUUAGGGCUUUGUGAACAGAAGAAAGGCAAAGAUAAUAAAGCUAUUAUUGCCAGCAAUAUCAUGUAUGUGGUUGGGCAAUAUCCACGUUUCCUUAGAGCUCAUUGGAAGUUUUUGAAAACUGUUGUCAAUAAACUUUUUGAAUUCAUGCAUGAAACUCAUGAUGGUGUACAGGACAUGGCUUGUGAUACAUUUAUUAAGAUUGCACUGAAAUGUCGGCGCCAUUUUGUAACCACACAGGUGGGCGAGGCUUGCCCUUUCAUUGAAGAAAUUUUGAGCACUAUUAGUACUAUUAUCUGUGAUCUGCAGACACUUCAAGUACAUACUUUCUAUGAAGCCAUAGGAUACAUGAUUAGUGCACAAAUUGAUCAAGUAGCUCAAGAACAACUAAUUGAAAAGUAUAUGCUGCUACCCAACCAAGUUUGGGAUGAUAUUAUCUCACAAGCAUCUCAUAAUGUUGACACACUGAAAGACCCUGAAGCUGUAAAGCAACUUGUGAGUAUAGUGAAGACCAAUGUAAGAGCAUGCCGUGCUCUGGGUCAUCCAUAUGUUGUCCAACUUGGCAGGAUAUACUUGGAUAUGCUGAAUGUCUAUAAAGUAAUGUCAGAAAACAUAAGCCAAGCAAUUGCAUUGAAUGGAGUGGUUGUGACUAAACAACCACUUAUUAAGAAUAUGAGGAUUAUAAAAAAGGAAACAUUGAGAUUGAUAGCGAGCUGGGUUUCUAGAUCUACAGAUAAUACAAUGGUGUUGGAAAAUUUCAUUCCUCCACUUCUGGAUGCUGUUCUUUUGGAUUAUCAAAGGACCACUGUCCCAGAAGCUCGAGAACCAGAGGUUUUAUCUUGCAUGGGGGCUAUUGUUUAUCGGCUGGAAGGCGAUAUAACAUCUGAAGUACCGAAAAUAUUUGAUGCUGUGUUUGAGUGUACUCUGGAGAUGAUUAACAAGGAUUUUGAAGAGUAUCCAGAGCACAGAACAGAGUUUUUCUUGCUUUUGCAGGCCGUGAACACACAUUGUUUUAAGGCAUUCCUUAGUAUACCACCAGCACAGUUUAAGCUGGUGUUGGAUUCCAUAAUUUGGGCAUUUAAGCAUACAAUGAGAAAUGUAGCCGACACAGGUUUGCAGAUCCUGUACAAAUUACUUCAAAAUGUGGCAGAGCAUCCACAAGCAGCUCAGAGUUUCUACCAGACUUACCUGUGCGACAUUUUGGAGCAUGUGUUCAGCGUAGUGACAGACACGUCGCACGGCGCGGGGCUUACAAUGCACGCGACAAUUUUGGCCCAUAUCUUUGCUCUGGUGGAAGCUGGAUGUGUCAAAGUUCCCCUUGGACCAACUCCUGACAACAUUGUUUAUAUACAGGAAUAUGUUGCAAAUCUUCUCAAAACAGCAUUCCCUCAUUUAACUGACAAUCAGAUCAAAAUCACUGUGCAAGGUUUAUUCAACUUUGAUCAAGAUAUUCCUGCUUUCAAAGAUCACCUCAGAGAUUUCUUAGUGCAAAUAAGAGAAUACACUGGUGAAGAUGACAGUGAUUUGUACUUAGAAGAGCGUCUGUUUGCUCUCCGCCAAGCCCAGGAGGAGAAAAGACGAGUGCAGUUGUCUGUUCCCGGCAUCCUUAACCCACACGAAUUGCCCGAGGAGAUGCAAGAUUAAUCCUAUCCCUAAGUUAUGUGGUAACAGUUCACUUUAGAAUAAUAGUUAUGUCUAAAGAGAUAAGUAAAUGCCUAUUCAUUACAUGCCGGGCUUUUUCUUGAACACCCACAGACAUUGACGGAUUGCCAAGUGCCUAUUUUCGAAAACAAUUUUUUUUUUGAUGGAGGAAAAUUAAUGAUCAUGUAAUAACAUCUUUUACAUGCCCACAGUUUUUCUGGAUGAAUUUUCGAUCAUUUUUAAUCAAUUCUGUUCAAAUUGAGUUCCUGUCGUUCAUGAACGCGUUUAAGUUAGGUAAUUAUAACUGUAAAAAGCUGUAAAAAUUAAAUUUUCUCAAUUACCUUCUUUGCCAUGGGAUAUAGUAAUUCGAGAUUCUAAGGGCCGCCUCAGAUCAGAAUGUUCGCGGCGCGCACUUUGUGUAAAAUAAUUUUUCAGUUUGAACUUGAAAGACUCAGCAUUGCUUUAGAAAAUUUGUAUUGGCCGGACGCAUGCAGCACCAUUGCCAUUCUGGUCUGAAUCAUUCCUUAGACUGCAAGCAGUCAUUAUACAUAGGGUCUGGUUUAUAAGAUCGUGCUGAUUGUCAACAACUGUAGGGUAAAAGUUAUCAACAUGUUAAUGUGAUGGUAAAUAGAGGUAUUGCGUUUUUGCUCAACAUGCAAGAUGUAAUAAUGUACAGUGAGCAGUACUUGAUAUUGAGUGCUGUGUGUAUGAGCAUAAAUAUAUUAUAUGACGCUAUGAGAAGGUAGAUUGAUGAGGUGGUACUUUAUUUUCGCUCACUGUAUUUACACGAGCAGUAUGUCUAAUCUCUCUAUUUGUUUAUGUGAAGUGAUAGAAAGAGUUAGAAAAAAUCCUAAUAAGCAUUCAUGAAUAAGCCCCCCAGGCCAAGCUAUCAUUUAGAUACCUGAAUGCUUAUUCUUUCUGAAAAGCUACUAUUCAAAUCCUGCAAUCAAAAGUUUUGUGAACAUUUUGUUAAUUGCAUGCUAUAUUUUCUAUACCCUCUGGUGGUGUUGGCGUCCAUUCCAUAUGCUGUGGAAUUAGACUGGUUUCUACAUGCCCAUAUAAGAAAAAGGCUUGAAACGAAGGCAUUAAAUGAAUUUAAACAUGUAGUGGAUUGUUACCAAUAAGUGAAGGCCCUUAUUGUAGUGCCUAUAAAAUAUCACCUUAUAAUGACAGUUUGUACAGAGGAUCGCAAGGAACCCUGCAAGGUGAUGUAUGUUAGUGAAGCUUCAAUGUUUAUAAUAAUAAGGUGUAUUUUGCAUGCACAAGAUAACAUAGGCCGCUCUUAGUAUAGACGAAUCGUACAUAAUUUGCAUUGCUAGAGACAAUAGAAUGUUUUUAAGUAAUCUUCAACUGUAGGUAAAUAAAAUCUCUGUGAUGGAAACCAUGUCGAAUGUUGAACAUGUAAGUACGCUAUGGAAUCUGAGUAUUAAAUGAGUAGAUUCUAGGUAAAACUAUUAUGUGAUUGCUGUUAGUAACAUUUUCUAUGUUUUGUUUAACAUUGUCAAAACUAAUUUUGUAAUGGAUUGGGAACCUAAACAUUUUAUUAGAUUUCCAAACACAUUUCGGGUCGGAUUAAUAUUGUCAAUCUUUCAAUUUUGUGUUUGAAAUAAACCAAU